AUGCACCCAACCCUGCGACUCAGCCACCCCCUUGUCCUCAUAGAGGAGGAGAUCAAGAUUGACAUGAUGGUCCUGGCCAGGAGGAGGACCAAGACCUGGCACCACGGCAGGAUUACAGAAAUCAAACCAACAGGUAAGAACACACACAACCACCGGUUAAAAAUGGAGGUGGACUUUAGCGAGAAGGGGAGGAGCAUGCUGUCAGGGACACCACAUAGCCUUUGACCACCGCUGGAGCAGCUGUACGUGGGCGUGCGAGUGGUGGCCAAGUUCAAGGAUGUCCACCAGUCCUUGUUCUGCUCUGGCAUUCUGGCUGAACUCCCCAACCGAAAGAACCACAUGAGGUUCUUGAUCUUUUUUGAUGACGGCACACCUUCCUAUGUAGGCUUGCCGGAUCUUCACAUUGUUUGCAGACCACGUAAGAAGUUGUGGGAGGACAUAGAGGAUGAGGCCAACAGGGAGUUCAUCAAGGUGUACAACCCCAACCCGCCCAUGGCCCGGUACAGACCAGGCCAGCCCAUCUACGUGGGGUUUGAGGGGGGUCCGGAGGAGGGUCGAGUAGAGCAGAUCGACUGCAGCUUGUUGUGCAUCGUCUACAAGGAUGACGAACAUAAGGAAUGGUUGUACCGAGGCUCUUUGCGCCUGGAGCAUAAGGCCAACAUGAAGAAACGUGUUGAGGAGUCAAAGGAUAAACCAACAGUGACACGGCCCAACGCUGAUUUGGAUUCGUAUAGAGGACAACGUGUUUAUUUCUCUUUGUCCACCGCCCAGGGGGGACCAGUUUUGACUGCUAAUACUAUCCACAUGACCAGCACGGCCGCUGCCAGCAAACCUCACGUCACCGCCUCAGCACCCUUAGGGAGGCCCUAUGGCCAGAACCGUUCAACCGACGAGUCGUCUGUUAUCACAGCUAAAGGUUCAGUCACCUUCACCCUCCACCGUUGCUGCCCAGCCUGCCUGGAAUGCAUCCGGUCAAAGGUUGAGGCCAAGCACCAUGGACUCAACCCGCUGCUCACCCCCCUGCUCUGCGAGUUCCACCAAAUGAAGGGCCGCCGCCGGGUCAAUAACAAGACGUAUUUCCACAUCUUCUACCAGUCGCCGUGUGGCCUCAGCCUGAGCAACAUGACUGCGGUGCUGGACUACCUUCAACAGACCCGCUGUGACUUCCUCUUCCUGGACAUGUUCUGUCUGGACCCCUUUCUGUCUGUGACCACAACCCACCAACCCCGGCCAUACAAGAUCAACAUCCUAGACCUGAUGCUUGGCAGGGAGAACCAGCCGCUGUCCUGCAUCAACGAACUCGGCAACAUCCGGCUAAUCUCAGUGAUCUACAACAAGCAGCGCGUGGCGGCCAGCGGGGUCUCCCUCAACACCAGCUCAGACUUUCCGGUGGGCUGCAACUGCACCGAUGGCUGCAGGAACGUGUCGUCAUGCUCCUGUCACCAGCUGACCAUCCAGGCCACAGCCGUGUCACCGGGUGGCCCUGAGGACGUCAACGUUGGCAACGAACACAAGAGGCUGGAGAAACGGCUCUCCACAGGUAUAUAUGAGUGUAAUGCACUGUGCCGCUGGACCCACCGGGUGGUGCAGCACGGCCUUCAGCUGCGGCUACAGCUCUUCAUGACCGUGGGGAAGAGCUGGGGAAUUCGCUACCUGGAUGACGUUGCCAAGGGCACCUUCAUCUGCACUUACACUGGGAUAAUCAUGAACAAGAAGAGUUUGGGGACAGAGGGCAACAUGUACGUGGUCAACCUGAACCACAUAGUGGGAGCUGAGAGCAAGGAGAGUUACGAGAGUGAGACGCGCUGCUCCGACAAUGAGUCAGGUUCAGAAGAGUCCAUAGAAGACGUCAACAGUGAGCAUGAUGACUGUGAUGACGAGGGCAAGGAUGAGGAAGAGGGAAACCCAGAGAAAGAGCAGCGACGUAUGAUGAUGAAGAACUUUGAUGACGAAGAACUCUGAUGACGAAGCUGAAGAAGAACCCGAUGAUGAUGAUGAAAAUUAUGAGGACAAGGACUACGAUGUCAGUGAAGAUGAUGGCGACUCUUGACUUCAGGCACAAUGUCUCCUCUAUGGAGAAGAGCUACGUUACACGCAGGCAUGCCAAAAUACUACAGGAGGGUAAGAGGAAACUACAGUAUAUACAGAGAAGUAUACGGAGUGAAAAACAAACAUUGAGGGCAACAAAAAAGGUUACUGAGGUUUAGUAGAGUAUUCAUUCUUAUUUGGUUUGAUAAAUGUUGGUUUCUCAAAAUACUGUCGGAAGGUAGAAAAAUAAAGCACAGACACAAAUAUAGACGGAAACGUGUUCAUGAACUCUCCACUUUUAUUUCUGGAUUUUUAAAAUAAGUCUGGUUCCCAGACUCAUCAAAUGACUCACAAAAUGACUCUCUAGACCCAGCGAAGAAAUCGGGCUCUGACGCCAAGUCUUCUGACCUGCAGGACGGUACAGCAGAGGGAAAUGACAAGCAGGCCUCAAACGCCACAAGGCGUUUCUUUGAUGGCGAAGAGUCAUGCUACAUCAUCGGCGCAAAUCUGGAGGGGAAUGUGGGUCGCUACCUCAAUGUCACCUCAGAGUCAUGAGGAGGAAUAAUCAGAGGGUAUCGUGUUGGAUAGUAUGCCGACUGACUGUAUGAUUUGCCCUAUAUACCCAUACUUCUCAGAGAUCCGUCAACUCAGCAUCUUACCCAGGUUACAAUAAAGGGCAGGACUAAACAACGAAUUUCAUCCUCCUACUCGUCAUGAAUGGGGAUAAAAAUUGUCAUGACGCUCACAUCCACUGUGUCUCUCUCCCUACAGCAUAGCUGCCACCCAAACCUGUUUGCGCAGAAUGUUUUUGUGGACACACAUGACCUUCGAUUCCCCUGGGUGGCCUUCUUCACCAGCAAGAGUGUGACCUUCUGUUAUGACUCAUGGGAUAUUAUAUAUUUCUAGUGCACUGGCUUCCAGUUGAAGCUCGCAUCCGCUACAAGACCAUGGUGCUUGCCUACGGAGCUGUGAGGGGAACGGCACCUCAGUACCUCCAGGCUCUGAUCAGGCCCUACGCCCAAACAAGGGCACUGCGUUCAUCCACCUCUGGCCUGCUCGCCUCCCUACCACUGAGGAAGUACAGUUCCCGCUCAGCCCAGUCAAAACUGUUCGCUGCUCUGGCCCCCCAAUGGUGGAACAAACUCCCUCACGACGCCAGGACAGCGGAGUCAAUCACCACCUUCCGGAGACACCUGAAACCCCACCUCUUUAAGGAAUACCUAGGAUAGGAUAAAGUAAUCCUUCUCACCCCCCCCCCCCCCCCUCCCCUUAAAAGAUUUAGAUGCACUAUUGUAAAGUGGCUGUUCCACUGGAUGUCAUAAGGUGAAUGCACCAAUUUGUAAGUCGCUCUGGAUAAGAGCGUCUGCUAAAUGACUUAAAUGUAAAUGUAAAUGUCUAAUGGUUAGUCUUUUGAGAGGCGAAGCCAGGAUUAAUACGGGUUCUGCUCAUGUCUGUGGCUCUAUAACAAAUGCCCAGGGGGACUAAAGCAUGUGCAUUCUAAUAUGCACUUCUGUAUAUUGAUCAUAAUAUUGUCUCUGUGUUUUUCAGGCGCAUCAGAGCUGGUACAAAACUGCCGUGGGAUUAUAAAUGUGAGCUUGGUGUGAAAAGGUCAUCAAAAAUACAUCAUGACAUUCUCCCAAUCUUCUUCUGGAUCAUUCAAAUACUCUCUAGCAAACUUCAGACGGGCCUGGACAUGUACUGGCUUAAGCAGGGGGACACGUCUGGCACUGCAGGAUUUGAGUCCCUGGAGGCGUAGUGUGUUACUGAUGGUAUGCUUUGUUACUCUCUGCAGGUCAUUCACUAGGUCCCCCCGUGUGGUUCUGGGAUUUUUGCUCACCGUUCUUGUGAUCAUUUUGACCCCACGGGGUAAGAUCUUGCGUGGAGCCCCAGAUCGAGGGAGAUUAUCAGUGGUCUUGUAUGUCUUCCAUUUCCUAAUAUUUGCUCCCACAGUUGAUUUCUUCAAACCAGGCUGCUUACCUAUUGCAGAUUCAGUCUUCCCAGCCUUGUGCAGGUCUACAAUUUUGUUUCUGGUGUCCUUUGACAGCUCUUCGGUCUUGGCCAUAGUGGAGUUUGGAGUGUGACUGUUUGAGGUUGUGGACAGGUGUCUUUUAUGCUGAUAACAAGUUCAAACAGGUGCCAUUAAUACAGGUAACAAGUGGAGGACAGAGGAGCCUCUUAAAGAAGAAGUUACAGGUCUGUGAGAGCCAGAAAUCUUGCUUGUUUGUAGAUGACCAAAUACUUAUUUUCCACCAUAAUUUGCAAAUAAAUUCAUUAAAAAUCCUACAAUGUGAUUUUCUGGAUUUUUUUUCUCGUUUUGUCUGUCAUAGUUGAAGUGUACCUAUGAUGAAAA